AUGUGGUUACAGUUAUCCGCUCUCUGUCUCCUGGCUAUUGGAGUACAGAGUCAUGCAGUUUCAUAUACCUCUCGUUCUGACGGCCACGGCCACCACGGACAUCAUGGUCACCAUGGGCGUCACGAUUAUGGGCAUGGGCUACCUUUACCCUAUCAUGGAAAUCCAUAUGCCCACUCGUAUGGGUACUACAACCCGCUCUUAGCCUACGGUCAUGGAUAUGGAUACAACCUUAACCAACAUCACGGGCAUGGUCACCACGGACACCACAAUCGCCACGGUCACCACGAUCAUGGUCACGGCCACCACGGUCACCACGAUCAUGGUCACGGCCACCACGGUCACCACGGUCAUGGUCACGGUCACCACGGUCACCACGAUCAUGGUCACGGCCACGAUCAGGGAUACUAUGGCCAUCUUGGUUACGUAAGCCAUGGCCACGGCCACGACUUGGGUCUUGGACAUCUCGCUGGUGUCUACAACCAUGGACACAACUUGGACUAUAACCAUGGACACAAUCUGGGCUAUCACCAUGUACCACAACAUGGUUACUCCAGUGUAUCUGUAAACCACAAUGCAGUCCACCAUGCUCCGGUCCACCAUGCCCCAAUCGCCCAUGCUCCAAUCGCCCAUGCCCCAAUCGCCCAUGCCCCAAUCGCCCAUGCUCCAAUCGCCCAUGCUCCAAUCGCCCAUGCUCCAAUCGCCCAUGCCCCAAUCCACCACGACGUAGGCCACCUUGGUUACCCUCACGCGCCUCUGCAUUCGAACUACGUUCACGGACACAAUGACCAUUAUACAUUCCCCGAAUACAACUUCGCCUACUCAGUACACGACCCCCACACGGGUGACAACAAGGCCCAGCAUGAGACACGUCAUGGAGACCACGUCACGGGUGAAUACCACCUCGUACAGCCCGAUGGCAACCUGCGUUAUGUUCAUUACAGUGCUGAUGACCACACUGGAUUCAAAGCUGAUGUCCACUACAAAACGGCUCAUGGGCAUUAUGAUCAUCAUCGACAUUAUGGCUACAACCAUUAA